CAGAAAGUGCAACGUCAGAGCAAAACUGUAAUUACCCUUUGGUUUUCGUUUCAGAUGAGUGCAGUAGUUUAAAGGAAUCUCUUCUCAGCCACAUCUUUCUCUCUCUCAUAUUUGCUAGCUCUUCAUUUUGUUAUUAUGAGAGUUUCGUUUAGUUUUCUUGUACGUUUUUGUUAAAUCUUCUUGGUGUCUGCUAUUAGCGCACACAGAAUUUUUUUGAAGAUUUUGAAGGGAUUUAAUGUGUUCAAGGUGCUGCUAAUUCACUUACAAAUCUUUUUCAUCCGUUUUUGCUAUCUUUGUUCUUUUGCAAAUUUUUAAUUUUUUUUUGGGUUUUGGAAAGAGAAGAACGAUUAACCACAAGAAGAACUGGGAGAACCUAGCUGAAUCGGCUUCUCUACUUUCUUUAGUUUAUCUCUUUCCUCUUAUAUCAACCAGUCUUUCUAAAUUAGGGUUUCUGCAGUCAGAUCUCAGGACAUGCUAUCACAGAUGUACCUAAAUUAAGUUGAUCUAUAUCCAUAAAUGAAACUUGUAGAGUCUGUGUCAUCGUCUACUGAAAUCCUUUGAUUUAAAAUAGGGAGGAUGAUAAAAGGUUUUGUAGUAGAAGAGAAUAUGUCCCAUUUAACUUGUACAUCUGGUGAAGUAAGUGCAUCUUCAAGUUCCAGAGUUGAAACUGGAACCAUGUACACACAAGCUUCAACAGAUCAAGCUCCACCACCAAAGAAGAAGAGAAAUCUUCCGGGAAACCCAGACCCAGAUGCAGAAGUUAUAGCUUUGUCUCCGAAAAGUCUCAUGGCCACAAACAGAUUUAUAUGUGAGAUCUGCAACAAAGGGUUUCAAAGAGACCAGAAUCUUCAGCUUCAUAGAAGAGGGCAUAACCUGCCAUGGAAGUUAAAGCAAAAAUCAAACAAAGUGGAGAGGAGGAAGGUGUAUGUUUGCCCAGAGCCUACAUGUGUUCACAAUGAUCCAUCAAGGGCUCUUGGAGACCUAACCGGGAUCAAGAAGCACUUCAGCAGAAAGCAUGGUGAGAAGAAGUGGAAGUGUGAAAAGUGCUCAAAGCGGUACGCUGUUCAAUCAGAUUGGAAAGCUCACUCCAAGAUUUGUGGUACAAGAGAGUAUAGAUGUGACUGCGGAAAACUUUUCUCCAGAAGGGACAGUUUCAUCACUCAUCGAGCCUUUUGUGACGUUCUUGCAGAAGAGAGUGCAAGAGCUAUCACAACAAACCCAUUUCUCUCUUCACAACAACCUAAUUCCUUAGCAUCCAAUUUUCUCAAUUUGCCACCCCAACUUCAAACUCAUGGCCUUCAACCUCUAUCAGUGAAAAGAGAACAAGACCAACACCAUAUUUUCAAUCCAAGACCAAAUAAUAACAGUGUUCCGCCAUGGUUAGCUUGCCCACAAGGAACUCUAGCAGCUGGUCCUGGUACCCCUCACAUCGAUUUCUCCUCGCCAUUAUUUUCUGGAAGUUGUUUGGACCAGUCCAUCAUAGACCGUCAAAACCCUAAUUCUAAUGCACUUGCUAAAUUCCAGUCUCAGACAAGUUCCCCACACAUGUCCGCAACUGCUCUUCUGCAAAAAGCGGCAGAAAUGGGCGUGACCAUGAGCAAAUCCUCUCCGCUACACUCAGCCAUGCUUAGACCCCACCAAGCUCACAUGUAUGAAAACAUUGGUUCCACAUCUACAGUUGGUUCUGCUCUAGGUUUGUCCUCACGUGAAGAGUUGGCAAGUGGGUUUGUUCAUAGCUUGGCAUCUUUUGGAAAUAAAGCUGCCGUUACCUCUAGUUUCAUGGAACAGUUUGGUGCAUGUGAUGCAGCUACUGGAGCUGGAGGUGGAGCAUCUCCCUCUCUUCUCCAUGAUAUGAUGAGUUGUUUGUCUUCUGCAAGUGGGUUUGAUGAAGGUCUGAAUGGGUAUCAUAAUCUUCAUGAAACAUUCUCAAGAACAACAGAACCCCGACUUAGCCAAAAUGAUCAUGACAAUAAAGGCAGUGAUGGUUUGACGAGAGAUUUCUUGGGUCUGAAAGCUUUUCCCCAUAGAGACUUUAUCAAUAUGACAGGGCUUGAUCGCAUAAAUUCCUCUUCUUCUUCUUCAGCAUAUGAACAACAUAAUCAGAACCAAAGACCUUGGCAAGGUUAAUUAGCUUAUGAAUGACCGUGCUUUCUUAAGUUUCUAUUGAGAGAAACCGAUUUACAGCCUAAUGCCAUGCAUGGCUUAUGUUAAGUUAUCUUGUUACCUCCAUUUUUGUUUCUGUUUCAUUUUUCAUCAUUUGGAUCUAUAAUUUAUUUCUGUUUUACAA